UCUCCUCCCCCUCCUCCACCAACCAUUCCCGGCUCCACCCGGCCUUGGCUUCCAAUCUAUCACCGGAAGCCAUGGCAUCGGGCAUCCCAUGCGAGACCACGCCCGAGGCGCCUAGGUCGGUCGAUCCCCCCGAAGAUCUCAGGCCUUGCGAAAGGAGAGCUCUGCAUGAGUUCCGGGCGAGACUCGAGGAUGCCAUUGUCAGCAACCAGCAGCUUGUCAAAGCAUCCGGCCGCGAGAAGAGCAAGAGCCGAGUCGCGUGCUCGGCGGACCCGACGGAGGAUCCGCGCGAGGAAUCCUUGUGGGGCAUUCCGCUCUUACCAAGCCAAGGCCACGAGGGGACCGACGUGAUCCUCCUCAAGUUUCUACGAGCAAGGGAAUUCAAGGUCUCCGACGCAUUUGCGAUGCUCCAGAAGACCUUACGAUGGAGAAGGGAAUUCGGGGCUGACAGCAUCUUGGAGGAGGAGAUGGGGCUGCCCGAGCUCGAAGACGCGGCCGACGUGAAUGGCACGGAUAGGGAGGGCCACCCCGUAUGCUACAGCAUCUGCGGGGCGUUCAAAGACAAGGAUUUGUAUCGCAGGACCUUCGGGAGCAAGGAGAGGCGCGAGAAAUUUGUGCGGUGGAGGGUUCGGUUCGUGGAGAAGGGCAUCCAGGAGCUCAGCUUCAAGCCCGGGGGAGCGGGAUCCUUGCUUCAAGUCAUAGACCUCAAGGACUCCUGCAGCCCCGACAUGAAGGAGCUCCGCAGCGCCACCAAGAAGCUCGUCUCCGUUCUCCAGGACAACUAUCCGGAAUUUGUCGUCAAGAAUAUAUUCAUUAAUGUAUCACUUCGGUAUUAUGUUUACUACGCAUUAUUUUCUAACCUCAUCAGUCCAAGAAGCAAGAGCAAGUUUAUAUUGGUCAGACCCUCUAAAGUUCUUGAAACACUCCUCAAGUUUAUAGCCCCAGAGGAAAUACCAGUACAAUAUGGUGGCCUUAAAAGGGAGGAUGAUGAUGAAUUUUCACCAGAAAAACAAGUCUCCGAGUUGGUCAUAAAGGGUGGUGGUAUGGCAACCAUUGAAAUUCCCGUAGUUGAGCCAGGAGUGACUGUUGUUUGGGACAUCACGGUGGUAGGAUGGGAAGUCACCUACAAGGAGGAGUUCAUCCCAGAUGAUGAAGGCUCAUAUAGAGUCUUGAUUCAAAAGGAAAAGAAGAUCGAAGAGAGCGUGAGGAAUUCAUUCUACAUCAAUGAACCUGGGAAGGUGGUGUUGACAAUAGAAAAUCGUACGUACAAGAAGAAGAGGGUCCUCCACAGAUCCAAAAGCAAGCCCACCAUCCCCUUGUACAAUUUGUUAAACCAAACUAAACAUCCCAUUGCAUAAUUUGUAAUGAAACGUAAUAUACUUCUAACACCUUUUUUUUCCUUCGGUUUCUGACGAACCCACAAUCGCACCGUACAAUCUUUAUGAUCA